UCCCCCUCCUCCAGAGGUAUGUUUCUAGACACCAUCCUCCCCUCUAGAGAUGAGAAUGGAAUCCGUCCUGCCAUUGGCCAGAGAACCAGACUCAGUAAAGGAGACACCACCCAGGCCAGGAAGCUCUACAGAUGCCCCGCGUGCGGCGAGACCCUCCAGGAGUCCACAGGUAACUUCUCGUCGCCCGGUUACCCCAACGGUUACCCCUCGUACACACACUGUGUCUGGAGGGUCUCUGUCACCCCGGGAGAGAAGAUUGUUCUUAACUUCACCACUAUGGAUCUGUAUAAGAGUUCUCUCUGUUGGUAUGACUAAGAAGUCAGAGAUGGAUACUGGAGGAAGGCCCCACUGCUAGGUAGGUUCUGUGGGGAUAAGGUUCCUGAGGUGCUGGUGUCAACAGAGAGUCGGAUGUGGAUUGAGUUCCGAAGCAGCAGCAACUGGGUGGGCAAGGGAUUCACUGCCGCUUACGAAGCUAUCUGUGGGGAGAGAUCCUGAGACCAGGGUCAGAUCCAGUCCCCUAACUAUCCUGAUGACUACCGUCCAUCUAAAGAGUGUGUCUGGAGCAUCACUGUGUCAGAGGGGUACAACGUAGGACUCAGCUUCAGGCCUUUCCAGAUUGAGAGACAUGACAGCUGUGCCUAUGACUACCUGGAGGUGCGUGACAGCCCGGCUGAAUCCAGCCCUCUGAUUGGUCGAUUCUGUGGGUAUGACAAACCAGAGGACGUCCACUCCACCUCACACACUCUCUGGAUGAAGUUUGUCUCAGACGGAACCGUCAACAAGGCCGGCUUCGCUGCCAACUUCUUCAAAGAGGAGGACGAGUGUUCUAAGCCAGAUAACGGAGGGUGUGAACAGAGGUGUGUGAAUACGCUGGGUAGCUUCAAGUGUACCUGCGACCCCGGAUACGAACUGGCACUGGACAAGAAGAGCUGUGAAGCUGCAUGUGGAGGUCUUCUGUCUAAGCUGAAUGGAACCAUCUCCACCCCUGGCUGGCCCAAGGAGUACCCCCCCAAUAAGAACUGUGUGUGGCAGGUAGUUGCUCCAACCCAGUACAGAAUAUCAAUGCAGUUUGAAGCCUUCGAGCUGGAGGGCAAUGAGGUGUGUAAGUAUGACUUUGUGGAGGUGCGUAGCGGCCUGUCAUCAGACAGCAAGCUGCACGGUAAAUACUGCGGCUCGGAGGUCCCCGAGGUCAUCACGUCCCAGUACAACAACAUGAGGAUAGAGUUCAAGUCUGACAACACCGUCUCCAAGAAGGGCUUCAAGGCACACUUCUUCUCUGAUAAAGAUGAAUGCAGUAAGGAUAAUGGCGGCUGCCAACAUGACUGUAUUAACACGGUGGGAUCGUACGUAUGCCAGUGUCGACAUGGAUUCAUACUACAUGAGAACAAGCAUGAUUGUAAAGAAGCGGAGUGUGAGCAUAAGGUCCACAGCCCCAGCGGGACGCUGAGCAGCCCCAACUGGCCUGAUAAAUAUCCCAGCAGGAAGGAGUGUAUCUGGGACAUCACCACUACACCUGGACAUAGAAUCAGACUGUCAUUUAAUGAAUUUGAGAUAGAGCAGCAUCAGGAGUGUGCCUAUGAUCACCUGGAGGCAUUUGAUGGGGACGGUGACUCAGCGGCCAUCUUGGGUCGGCUGUGUGGCAGUAAGAUUCCAGAACCACUGGUCUCCACGGGUAACAAGAUGUACCUGCGUUUCAUCUCUGACGCCUCGGUUCAGAGGAAAGGAUUCCAGGCCACACACUCCACUGAGUGUGGAGGGAGGUUGAAGGCAGAGACUCGUCAGAAGAACCUCUACUCCCACUCCCAGUUUGGAGAUAACAACUACCCUGGCCAUACAGACUGUGAGUGGUUGGUGACAUCAGAGGAGGGUUAUGGUAUAGAGUUGACCUUUACGACCUUUGAGGUGGAGGAGGAGGCAGACUGUGGUUAUGACUACAUAGAGCUGUAUGAUGGUUAUGACUCUAACUCACACAGACUGGGACGGUUCUGUGGUUCUGGGCCCAGAGAGGAGAUCUACUCUGCGGGCGACGCGGUGUUGAUCCGUUUCCAUAGUGACGACACCAUCAGUAAGAAGGGGUUUCACAUCCGCUACACCAGCACCCAGUUCCAGCAGAACCUUCACACCAGGAAGUGAUGUCACAACACCCUGACCCCUAUCCUCACUGUGCCGACAAGACAACCACAGGCCCCUUCCUACUCUGACUGACAGACGCCAAACACACACACACACACACACACACACUGUUUGAGGAGAGGAGUGAGUGUGGGUGAAUACCAGAGGAGAGAGGGGGAGGACUGACCAGUCCGUCUCUUAACAGGGGAGCUUCUAGAACUCCGAGGACUACAUGUGAAGAGACUGGAUCACAGCUUCACACUGGAACUGGAUUAAUGGAACUGCAUUAACAACUGGAACUGAAUUAAAUACUGAAACAGGCUUAAAUACUGACAUUGGAUUAAAUACUGGAACUGGAUUAAAUAUUAAAAAUGGAUUAAAUACUGAAACUGGAUUAAAUACUGAAACUGGAUUAAAUACUGGAACUGGGUUAAAUACUGGAACUUGAGUAUAAACAGGAACUGGAUUAUGAACUGAUCUAACAAGGACCAGUCCUACAUACAGAGAGCCCUGGAGUAGUUUAUUGACUGGCUGGCUGACUGAAUGGCUGGCUGACUGUCUAAUUGGCUGGCUGACUGAAUGGCUGGCUGACAACCUUAUACAAACUGAGAGACAUGUCCAGACAACUUUCAGUGCUGACAACGUUCUGACAAUGUUGAGGUUUGACAAAGACCUGACAAUGCCCUGAUAACAUUAUGUUUAGAAAACAUUCUGUUCUGACAAUGUUCAGACAACUUUAUACAAACUGAGAGACAACGUUCUGACAACGUCCUGUUCUGACAACAUUCAGACAACAUUAUUCAAACUGACAGACAACGUUCUUCUGAAAACAUCCUGACAACGUUGGGGUUUGACAGCACUAAUCCUGUGGAACAACUAAUAUUGCCUUAGAACCAAAUGUUUGUUCUUGCACACGACGAGUCUCUCUGUAGAUACAUUAGUUGUUUUUUGUUUGUUUUGUUUGUUUGUUUUUUGAAUAAUUUUAUUUGACAAUGAGUUUGAAGAACUUGAAAGAUUUAUUGUAAAAGGACAAAAGAGGAAUCGGUCAGAAGUGUUGGGGUGUGUGUGUGUGUGUGUGUGUGUGUGUGUGUGUGUGUGUGUGUGUGUGUGUGUGUGUGUGUGUGUGUGUGUGUGUGUGUGUGUGUGUGUUUAAAGAGUUGUCUCAUUACUGUAUGUGCCAAGCUCCUGGUGAUCCUGUCCCUCUGUAGGAUCUGUCUAGUCUCUCUCCUCCAUGGUUGUAGUUCUGUUCUAUCAUAUCUCCUCCAUGUUUGUAGUUCUAUGAAACAAAAUGGCUUCCUCUCUAUGCUGAGUCAU